AUGUUUAUUGUCCUUUUCCCUAUCUUGGUGGAUGCCAUUCACCAAAUUGGCUGGGCCAAGAGUAUCAAGAUCAUUACGCCUUUCUUCCUGUUAGCUGUUAUUAGUACACUACUUGCUUGGGUGUCUAUGGUAGCAUUUCUCCGACGAAAGUUGGUCUUGUGGUCUAAUGAAGACCCCAAAGCCGAGAAUACGUUGCUGGGAAGACCUCAACUCUAUCCGGCACGUCUAACACAUGCUAGCUUCUUCCCGGAGAAGUACCAUUACUGGAUUGUUUAUUUCCUCGUUGGUGUGCCCGUUGGACUUCGUGGUCGUGUUGGGACUGUAGUUUCUAUUGAAAGUGAUCAACAAACCUCGGUCACAAAUCCUUUCUACUCUUUUGUGAAGAGAAUCUUCCGGAUUCCAUUUUGGUUUAGAAUUGAUACCAGUUGGUAUCUUCACCGUGGAGAUGGCCAUCUAACCCUGGCCGCAAAACUAGAACACUUUUUGAAAGAACGGGGCGAGGAUCCAAAACAAUACCCUUAUGCGUAUCUUAUCAGCAUCCCUCAGUUUCUCUGGUGGACCAAAAGCCCGAUCUCGUAUUGGUAUCUCUACUCGCCUCUCAAAGAGCUCAGUGGAAUCAUCAUGGAAAUCAACAACUCAUACGGCGAAAAAAAGAACGCUUUCUGCCGAUUAACCAAGGAAGACUCUUCCUCUCAUGAGAAAGUGAAAACUUGCGAGGUUUUCAGCGCUGCUUUAGGAAAGGGACCUGAUGGCGAUCAACUCAUUCGGUUCACAUCAUCGGCUCCCACUGCCAAGUAUUACAAAGGCAGCUGGGAGAAAGACAUAUUUGCUUCGCCUGUCGAGAAAGUUGAAGGCGGAUUCGCCCUUCGAUUCAUGGAUCCAUUAGAUCCAGCACCUGAGAAAGGUGGCCCUCUGCACUCUAAUAUGACGCUUAUCAGCACAUCUGGAAAGCCUAAGAUUUCUAGUCGUCUUUUCUCCGUUGCUCCUCCCAUUGACCCUCUUGAAACAUCAUCCUGGGAGCUGGUGAGCUUUCUUCUCAGCUGGUCAUUUGUUGUGCCAGUAUCGAUUGGUCGGAUUGUGGUGGAGGCACUCCGUAUUCGAUUCAGAGGGAACAUGCCCUAUUUGAACAAACCGGACGUGAAGAAGGGAAAUAUCCCACGCAAUGCCUCAGAAACAGAAAGGGGUUUGGAGCCUUUCUUCCGGCUAUACCUCUCCCACCUUGUCAAAACAUGCCGUUUUCCUUUGGAGGUGAUCUAUACGCCUGCCAAAUCACUACAUCUCCACCCUAUGUCAAUGCGUUCUCCGGUGAAAACCUUUACAUCUGCACCUCCCCCCACCCUCCUAAUCCAGCCUCUCACGCCUCAGUUCUAUACAAAUAUCCUAAAAUACCCGGAUGCCAAAACUGGAGCUAUCUCCGAAAUGGAGAACGUGCCCCAGGCCUGUGAUCCGGAGUCCCAGCGGCUAUGGGCAUCCGAUCCAGCGAUGCUGCAAAGAUUGAUUGAAUCAGCAAUAGACUCGCCCAAUACCGAGAUCGCUCAUGGCUAUAUUGGAGGGGUCAUCGCUAGCAUUGCGCCGGAAGUAAAAAGUUUGACAGUUUAUCGAAGGACGCCUGUCGUGGUUUUCCCAGCCUCGCCCGAAUCCGACAAAUUUUCGAAUCCGCUUGCCGCAUCUUUGACACCAGAGGGGAGUCGCGCGGCUUUUAUACGAUCCCCGAAAUCAUUCACCGGCCUCGACUAUCUUUUUCAAGAUUCGGAGUCCAACGUGGAUGUGGUAGACAUGAGAAAAGAAGAGUUGACGAAGAUCACCAAAAACGUCAUCCAGAGUGGCUCAACCAAACGUGAAUUCGACGUCAUUAUCUGCGCAACUGGAUUUGAGCCUUUGGGUACCGGGUUAACCAGAUUGAACAUCACUGGCAAAAACGGUGUGGAUUUGGCGGACGUUUGGAAAACCCGUAUCAUUUCCUAUCUGGGGAUGGCUGUCCCUGGAUUUCCUAACAUGUUCUAUCUAUGCGGUCCACAAGGCCCAACUGUUAAAGUGAAUGCUCCAACGACUGUUGAAUGUCAAGCACAGUGGAUCUUCUCCACUUUGAAGAGUCUUCGCAAGUCCCAUAUUGACUGCUGUGAGCCGACUCUAUCUGCAUCUCAGGGGUGGGUGAAGAAAUUGAAUCAGCAGUGGAAUAACUCAUUAUACCCAAAGGUAAAUGUAUGGGAGGCUCGCAGUUCUUCCGGCAAAUCAGAGCCACUCUGGAUCGAAGGGGUACAUAAAUACUAUGAUUACAUACAGCAAUGCCAGGCACCGGACUUCCGCGGCUUUGUCGAGCUGCGGCCAAAGCCUUCAGCAAGUUUGUAG